AGCCACAGCGAUUUGUAUUCCAAUGGCGGUGGAGCAAAACCGGCAGCCAAAAUGGAAAGCGAAAGUCACUGCAAAAUUAACAAAAGCCGAACCCCGCGAAAUAUGGCCUCUUUUCACCGACUUCUUCAACCUCCACAAAUGGCUGCCUACCCUCCGCACCUGCUAUGGCAUCUCCGGCACUAACGGGGAGCCCGGCUGCAUACGCUACUGCUCCGGCUCCUCAAUUCCAUCCCACAACAGAUCCGGCGACAACAACCACCUCCCUGUUAGCUGGUCCACGGAGAGACUGGAAGCCGUUGAUAAUGUGGAAUGCAGUCUGAGAUAUGUGAUAGUGGACAGCAACAUCGGGUUCAAUUCAUAUGUGUCGACAGUGAGGAUUGUUCCGGUUGACGGUGGUGGAUGUGUAAUUGAGUGGUGGUUUGAGGUGAAUCCUGUAAAAGGUUUGGUGUUGGAGGAUUUGGUGAGCAAGUAUGAAGCGGCUCUACUGCUAAUGACUCGGAGAAUGGAGGAUCAUCUUCGAGCUUCAAAGCAGCCGCCGGUUACUCUAUCCACAGAGGAAAGGGAGCCUAAAUGGGAAGGCAAGGCCUCGGUGGAGCUGAAAGCCGCCACAGCAGACCAAGUAUGGCCUUUCUUCCAGGACUACUGCAAUAUACAUCAGUGGUUUCCAAAUCUAGAAACGUCUUACCAUGUAGAGGGUGAGCUAGGCAAGCCUGGCCUCAUUCGCUACUGCGCUUUCAAGCCAAAACCAUCCUCCGACGGCACUGGUGGGAGCGUCAUCGACUGGGUCAAAGAGAAGCUUAUUAUGAUCAAUCCGGUUGAACGGUGUCUGAGCUAUCAGUUCAUUGAAAAUAACAUGGGAUUCAAUUCUUAUACGUCCACAAUCCAAGUAUUGCCUGUCAAUGGAGAUGGAGCAGGUGAUGAACAUGGGUGUAAGAUCGAGUGGUCGUUUGUUGCUGAUCCGGUUGAAGGAUGGAGAUUUCAGGAUUUGGAAUCAUAUAUCAGCUCUGCUCUCCAGUUUAUGGGCAACAAAAUGGAACAAGCACUCUCUGUCCCCGCCUGAAAUUUGCCUAUGCCUGUAUUAUAAUUCUGCUACCAGUAAUGCGUGUGAAUUUAGUAAUAUUGUUGUCUCUAGAGCUAUAAGUUAUCAGUUUAAAUUUUAAAAUUACAGCUAAAAAAAAAAAAAAAAACUAUUAAGUUAGCUUGUAAUAAAAAGCUCAACUCAUUUUUCUUUU